AAUCUUGUAAGAAAUUAUAAUAGGUGUAGAAAAAAAUCACCCGUGUCCUGAAGCUCCAUUUCACGCUUUCGCCCCUGGCCAUAUUUUUAGAAUGAACCUGUGGCAUGAGCCACACUGGGAAGGAAAAACAAACAAAAACAACAAACAACAACAAGAGACUGCUAAUUGUUUAUGUUUUGCUGCUGCCUACCCUUUGGAAUGUCAGUCUUUUGUGUUGUGUCGUCCUGAUAUUUCCUUUCCAGUGCCAUGAGCCUACCCCCAAUGAUCGUGACCCCUCCGGGUCUGGAUGCGCUGUACGCCCUGUGUAGGCGAGUGUACCCCAACCAGCCCAACCCUUUGCAAGUGACGGCUUUGGUGAAGUACUGGUUGGGCGGUCCAGAUCCUCUUGAUUACAUCUCCAUGUAUUCUCAUCAAGGUGACGCAGAGCAUAAUAUUCCCCCCCAUUGGCACUACAUAAGUUUUGGACUCUCAGACCUCCAUGGGGAUGGGCGUGUUCAUGAAGGAUCUGGUAAUGAUUCUCCCAGUGGUUUUGGUUUUGAGCUCACAUUUCGAUUGAAAAGAGAGCCAGAUGAAACCUCACCCCCCACUUGGCCCGCUGCCCUCAUGCAAGCCUUAGCAAAAUAUGUUUUUCAGUCUGGCAAUACUCUUUGCUCUGGUGACCAUGUAUCAUGGCACAGUGCUCUUGAUAAUGGUGAGUCUCGCAUUCAACAUAUGCUGAUGACUGAAGACCCGGUUUUGGGAGUCCUGCAAACACCCCUCGGAAGUGUCACAUUUAUUCAGAUAAUCGGCGUUUGUCAAGAAGAGUUGCAGGCAGCUCAGCGAUGGAAAGGACAAGGGGUUAUUGACAUUUUAAAAAGAGUGAAUGGGGCCGGCGGACCAUGGCUGGUGACAGAUAUGCGCAGAGGAGAAAGUAUCCUGGAAUUAGAUGUGUGUGUGCAGGAGGAAAUUGAGUUGGGAAUAGAGAGUGACGGGUCUAGUUUGAGUGGAGUCAGUGCUCGCUGCUCCUGGGUAGAAGCUGAUCCAGACCAGAUAUCACCAUGUCCCUCUGAUAAUGAAGACAGUGGAGAAGGAGGAUAUCUGCGGGAGGGACCUGCUGUGCAGCCUGAUAAUCACAGUAAUUCGUCGAGAUUGCAUGUUGAUGCUCCCAUACCACCCUCUGUAUCAGAUGAAGAACGUGUUCGAAUCAAAGCAGAACUCAGGAAAGGCCUCUUAAAUACUCGAAGCAAGGACAGUAACGAUAGGCUUUCAUCACCUUUUGAUAGCAAUGGCAACUCGUGCCGGAAAAAUUCAUUUGAGGAUGUUGCACCUCAAGUUCUUGAAUCAACUGAGUUGAUGCGCACAAGAAAAUUGGAUGGACUUCACCUUACAUUUAACCUUGAGUCAGGAUUGCUACUCCCUCUGGCUAUCCGGGGCCGAGUUCAACACGGACGACAUUUUACUUUUAAGUCAGUUUUAGGUGACACUGCCAUCACCUUUGUAUCUUCUAAUGUUACUGGCACUUUUGUAACAUCUGACAACCCAUUUGUAGCCCAUGGACCCUGGUUGCAAAUUCUUGUGUCAGAGGAUUUGGCACAACAAAUGUCAGAGAGCUUUGAUGGUCUCAGCAAUGAUAUCUUUCUUCCUAAGCUCUUUAUGUGGAAAGAGCACAAACUGGCAAUAACUAUUGUUAUUGUAUUGUAUGGUACCCAUGUUUCCUGUGCUGUUGCAGAAGUACAUUCAUUAUCUCAUCCUGUAGAUGUUGUGUUAGACCCGGUUUUGGGAGUCCUGCAAACACCCCUCGGAAGUGUCACGUUUAUUCAGAUAAUCGGCGUUUGUCAAGAAGAGUUGCAGGCAGCUCAGCGAUGGAAAGGACAAGGGGUUAUUGACAUUUUAAAAAGAGUGAAUGGGGCCGGUGGACCAUGGCUGGUGACAGAUAUGCGCAGAGGAGAAAGUAUCCUGGAAUUAGAUGUGUGUGUGCAGGAGGAAAUUGAGUUGGGAAUAGAGAGUGACGGGUCUAGUUUGAGUGGAGUCAGUGCUCGCUGCUCCUGGGUAGAAGCUGAUCCAGACCAGAUAUCACCAUGUCCCUCUGAUAAUGAAGACAGUGGAGAAGGAGGAUAUCUGCGGGAGGGACCUGCUGUGCAGCCUGAUAAUCACAGUAAUUCGUCGAGAUUGCAUGUUGAUGCUCCCAUACCACCCUCUGUAUCAGAUGAAGAACGUGUUCGAAUCAAAGCAGAACUCAGGAAAGGCCUCUUAAAUACUCGAAGUAAGGACAGUAACGAUAGGCUUUCAUCACCUUUUGAUAGCAAUGGCAACUCGUGCCGGAAAAAUUCAUUUGAGGAUGUUGCACCUCAAGUUCUUGAAUCAACUGAGUUGAUGCGCACAAGAAAAUUGGAUGGACUUCACCUUACAUUUAACCUUGAGUCAGGAUUGCUACUCCCUCUGGCUAUCCGGGGCCGAGUUCAACACGGACGACAUUUUACUUUUAAGUCAGUUUUAGGUGACACUGCCAUCACCUUUGUAUCUUCUAAUGUUACUGGCACUUUUGUAACAUCUGACAACCCAUUUGUAGCCCAUGGACCCUGGUUGCAAAUUCUUGUGUCAGAGGAUUUGGCACAACAAAUGUCAGAGAGCUUUGAUGGUCUCAGCAAUGAUAUCUUUCUUCCUAAGCUCUUUAUGUGGAAAGAGCACAAACUGGCAAUAACUAUUGUGUCUGAUUGAAAUUUUUUUAACAUGACUGAAAUAUUUUAUUUAUGAAUUUUAAAUAUAUGUAUAUUUAUUCUUAGAGUAGGAAAAAAAUUUAAUUUGAUUUUAUUUCAGUAUUGUAUUGUAUGGUACCCAUGUUUCCUGUGCUGUUGCAGAAGUACAUUCAUUAUCUCAUCCUGUAGAUGUUGUGUUAGGUAUAGGUAGCAGAUAAAUAAGGCUUUGCAAUAUUUUCCAAGAUAGAUUUUAUAUAAUUUUACAAAGUUAGAACUUGAAGACAGAUAAACUUACAGUGGCAGUCUCUGUUGCCAUCUCACUAUGAUUAUUACGAGCAACAUCUCAUUGAAAUUGAUCUCACAAUUGACUACUGUAACAUGCUCGCUCCAAAUGUCUGUGCUUUUAUUUUCUUGGAAAGAAACAUAGAAAUCUAUUAAUGACAUAAAUUGUAGGCUUUUUAAAUAACCUUAUUUCUAAGAAGAAAAUAAAUAAUAGAUUAACAAAGCAUAAGUUUGGAGAAAGUUUGAUAGAUUGAAAGAAUGAGCAGAGCAUCUAUUUCAUUACGAAUAAUGAAGGAGUGCCUAAGCACGGAAUGAUGAAUUUAAUCUCGACUCCAUGUUAACAAUGGUAAUGUGAACACCGCAGGCCUGUCAUACUCACAAUCUAAACUCGUGACCUUAUAC